CUGAGCAGCAGGAACCAGGAGCCUCUCUGCUGCUGCUGGAUCUGGCUCCGUCUCUAGCUGUUCUCAGGUCUGAUCUGCAGGAGAAACACUGUGCAGUCUCCUGUGAGGCGGAGGUGGAGGGAAUGAGCAGAGGGAGAAACCUACGGUGACUUUUCCCGGAGGAGACAAGUGGCCCCGGUGCCAACAGGGCAGAGAGAGAGAGAGAGAGAGAGAGAGAGGGAGAGAGAGAGAGAAAGCGAGAGAGUGCUGCUGCUGCUCUAUGACACCAGGGAUAUAACCACACUGACAAGAUGGACCUGAAGCUGCUCUUGAUAUCAACAUUGUUAGGAGUCAUUUGUUACAGUGAUGCUCAGAAAGAGGGGAACGAGUGCAUCAAUGCCAAUGCCAAAUCCUGCGGGGACUGCAUCCAGGCCGGAGCCAAAUGUGGCUGGUGUAAAGACCCAGGCUUCCUGAAACAGGGAGAGACUGUGUCGACCCGCUGUGACGAGCUGCAGUCUCUGUUGAAAAGGGGCUGCGAUGAGGCGAUGAUUGAGAACCCGCAUGGCGUGCAGACGAUCCUGAAAAACAAAGCGGUGACACAUCGCAGAAAGGGAGAAGAUAAGCUGAAGCCGGAGGACAUCACUCAGAUUCAGCCCCAGAAACUUAGCCUCACCCUCCGAUCCGGUGAGCCCCAGACGUUUGACUUGAAGUUCAAACGGGCCGAGGAUUAUCCCAUCGAUAUGUACUAUUUGAUGGACCUGUCCUACUCCAUGAAGGAUGAUCUGGAGAACGUCAAGAACCUGGGAACCAGUUUGAUGGUGGAGAUGUCAAAGAUCACCUCUGACUUCCAGAUAGGUUUCGGUUCCUUUGUGGAGAAAACAGUCAUGCCAUACAUCAGCACCACCCCGGCCAAGCUGCUGAACCCAUGCACGGGUGAUCAGAACUGCACCAGCCCCUUCAGCUACAAGAACGUCCUGAGCCUGACCAACAACGGCAAGAUGUUCAACGACCUGGUGGGCAAGCAGCACAUCUCUGGAAACCUGGACUCACCAGAGGGGGGCUUCGAUGCCAUCAUGCAAGUGGCUGUGUGUGGGAAGCAGAUUGGCUGGAGGAACGUGACUCGUCUCCUGGUCUUCUCCACUGACGCUGGCUUCCACUUUGCUGGAGAUGGUAAACUGGGCGGCAUCGUGCUGCCAAAUGAUGGAAAAUGUCACUUGGAGAACGGCGUUUACACAAUGAGCCACUACUAUGACUAUCCCUCCAUUGCUCACCUGGUGCAGAAACUGAGCGACAACAACAUUCAGACCAUCUUUGCAGUCACUGAGGAGUUCCAGCCCGUUUAUCAAGAACUGAAAAAUCUGAUACCAAAGUCUGCAGUGGGCACUCUGUCUGCCAACUCCAGCAAUGUAAUCAACCUUAUUAUAGACGCUUAUAAUUCUCUCUCGUCAGAGGUUAUUCUGGAGAACAGCAAACUUCCGGAGGGAGUGACAAUAGCCUACACUUCCCGCUGUAAGAACGGUGUGGUCAGUGAGGGCGAAAAUGGACGCAAGUGCUCCAAUAUCUCCAUCGGAGAUCAGGUCAUGUUCAGCAUUAGUGUGACUUCGAAGGGCUGUCCGAAAGAAGAAGAUCGCAGGCCUAAGACCAUUAAGAUCAAGCCCCUGGGCUUCACGGAGGAAGUGGAGAUUACCCUGAACUUCAUCUGUGAAUGUGAAUGCCACAAGGACGGCAUUGAGAACAGUUCAACCUGCCACAACGGGACCUACGAGUGUGGAGCCUGCAAGUGUAGUGACGGGCGAGUGGGCAGAGAGUGCGAAUGCAGCAGUAACGACGUGGCCACGGAGGACAUGGACCGGACCUGCCGUAAGGACAACGGCACGGACAUCUGCAGCAACAACGGAGAAUGUGUGUGCGGCACGUGCGAGUGCAAGACGAGAGAAAACCCCGAGGAGAGGUACAGCGGACAGUACUGCGACUGCGACAACUUCAACUGUGAUCGCUCUGGAAACAAACUGUGUGGAGGGCAUGGUCGCUGUGAUUGCAGAGUGUGUGUCUGUGACGCCAUGUGGACGGGCAGCGCCUGUGACUGCUCUCUGGACAACAGCACAUGCAUGGCCAGCAACAAGCAGAUCUGUAACGGCAGGGGAACGUGUGAAUGUGGCACCUGUAAGUGCACUGACCCCAAAUUCCAGGGUCCCACUUGUGAGACCUGCCCUACCUGUCCAGGAGUCUGUACUGAACACAAAGAGUGUAUCCAGUGCCGGGCGUUCGGCACAGGUGAGAAGAAGGACACAUGCGAGCGCGACUGCAGCUACUUCCACCUGAUUAAAGUGAAGGACAGGGACAAGCUGCCCCAGCCCAACGACGCCUCCUACCCCGUGAUGCACUGCAAGGAGAGGGACGCCAACGACUGCUGGUUCUACUACACCUACGCCGUCAACAACAACACCGAGAAGGAGGUCCAUGUGGUCGACUCGCUGGACUGCCCCGCCGGUCCUGACAUCAUCCCGAUCGUGGCGGGCGUGGUCGCCGGCAUUGUCCUGAUUGGCCUAGCCCUGCUGCUCAUCUGGAAGCUGCUGAUGAUCAUCCAUGACAGGAGAGAGUUCGCCAAGUUUGAGAAGGAGAAGAUGAACGCCAAAUGGGAUACGCAAGAAAACCCCAUUUACAAGAGUCCUAUCAAUCAGUUCCAGAAUCCGAGCUAUGGACGCAAAGCUGCUGCCCUUUGAGGUGAAAAUCCCAUCUACAAAAGUGCCGUCACGACUGUGGUCAACCCCAAAUAUGAGGGGAAAUGAAGAUGGCGUCGUGUUUUCAAUGAACUCUUUUGUCGAGUAUUUUAAAUCUGCAGUAUUCAGUUUGUUUGUGUUCAGAGCAGAACUUAUGUCACUUCUUCUUGUCACCUUAUCAUUUAUACUGUACCACUCAGCCACUGCAUCUGUAUUUUAACUAACACUUUAUCUGCAUUGGUUUGUAUUUUAGGUGUACAGUAAACAAUGUGUAUAUACUUUAAAGCUGCAAAGCUGCAGAGGGGGAUGAUAUGAUGGUUGUGUGUUUUUCCUGCCACAGGACUGGUAUGGGCAGACGAUUUAGCUUUUUUUUAACAAUACAGUGACAAUGCAAAACAGUAUAUAUACAAUAAUUCCUCCGCUCCGUACAGUCUCUGUCUGUUGUCUUUCUCUGUGCACUGACUUCCUGUGUGUUUCUGUGUGUUCAAGACGAGACCUUGGUUUCAUAUGCAAGUUGUCAGCCAUAGCAGCACAUUAUGUCAAUGUGUGGGUGUGUGUUUGUAUGUAUAUAUAUAUAUUUGAAAAAACGACUACAACAGGCAUGAUUCAUAUAAAUAUAUAUAUAUACACAGAUCAGACAAUUGCAUUGAAUCAUAAUAAAUUCUGCAUUAGCGAAUUGUUGUAAAUUAAGUUGCAGAUGAGAAACAUUCAAUUUUUAAAGCUUUGUUUCGCUCUUAAUGAGUUCUGUUGUCUGUCUAGAAAGACUAAAUACACAAGAUGAAUAUCAAUAUCAGCUAUUGUUAUUUGUAUUGUUGAUAUACUAUCACAAAGGGAUUGUUUACCACUUGGUGAAAUUAUAAAAUUGUGGCGACGUUGAACAAUCAUAGGAUUUUGUAAAGUUAUGAUACAAUUUGCAAUUAGCGAAUGAAGUAUUCUUUUAUUUGCUAACUGCAGUAAUUAGCCACUCUCAGGUCCCCUCCUGUGUUCUUGUCUAGAACGCCAAAAAUAUGUAUUCUGUCCGCUUGUCAUGUGAACUGGUGAACUCAUUCGUGUUGGUCAGUUUUAUUAGUAAUGUUUCUGAAAAUUGAAAGCAUUAAUCUUGAGUAUUUGUUCAGAUGUCACAUGAAUCACCUCUGAAAUGAUUUACACCCAAAUGCCUCUGAGGGACAGCCCGCAGGCCUUCACAAUAUUAUUUUCAAAGUGCCUUUUAUUUCAAUACCACGUUCUCUCUCUGUGCUGUUAAUGAGUUAUUUAUUAAAAUAAAGUACAAAAGCUGUG